CAGCAGCAGCAGUAGCAGAAACAGCGAAAGCGUAGACAGUAAGGUGCUACUUGUAUUCUAAAUAAAACAGGUCAAAACUAGAGUGAAAAUGUCGCAGCCCGAUAGCGUGGAGAGUAAGCAAGCUGCGCCCCAGGAAUGCAGAGAUUGCAGCGGUCAACAGCCCCCUGCCACAUCCGUAGAGGUGGAGGACAUGGGUACUCCUGCGCUGGAGAAGCUCAUACGCAAGGCUAACAUAGCCCAGAAAAUGCUGCAGGAUGUGCUGAAGCAACUGGAGAAGCAACAAGCUACUCCGGAAUCUCGACGGGAUGGAAAGCAUAGGAGGGAGCACCGAAUGUCGAAGCACCGACAUUCUGCUGGAGGUAAACGACACAAGGGUCAUGAUCCUGCCACUCUUUCGUUUUCCAGCUCCAACAGCGAUGGCAGUGUGAGCGACUGCGAGCUGAUUGCUGUGUCAGAGGAGAGGACUUCCAGACGGCGACACAUCCGUGACGAUCGCAAGCGGGAUCGUUCCCGCUCUCGUGGUCGCUCCCGUGGUCACUCUCGUGGCCGAUCCCAUGGUCGUUCUCGUUCCAGGUCCUACACAAAUCCCCGACGACCCACUGCCUUGCCUUUGGCAUUGCCCGUUCGGAUUUCAGUGUGAGUAGCACCUGGUUGAGAUCCAUUAUUAUCCAUUAUACGUAUUUAUGAAAAAAUAAGAAUAAAAUGCAAUAAAAAUUGUUAAAUAUAUAAGCUUUAA